AAAACUGUGCACAAGUGCAACGUUAUAGCGGUAGUGUGUAUCGGCGGCAAGUGACAGAAGAAUGGAUUUCCCUGAGUGUGGUUAUGAUAAAUACGAGCGUGUAUGGAGUGGAGGAAAGCGUCCAUUGUUAUACGAUUUCGAUUGCUCGUUGGGCAAAGUUCUAUACAACACAUUGAAAAAUUAUCCAAAGCAUGUUUCUCAGGUUUUCGAUCCCACCGGCCGCGAGGUUACCAAUGGCGAAAUGCUCACCUGGUCUGUACGUUUGGCUCAGCACUUCAAAAAGAUGGGACUACGUCAUGAUGAUAUUAUCGGCAUUGUGGCCAAGAAUAGUACCUUCUUGAGCGCAGUUGUUGUCGCUUCCUUAAUGAAUUGUACACCCUUCCAUGCGGUGAAUCCAGUUUUCGACAAAAAUACGAUUGAACACAUCUUUAAGACCACAGCACCAAAGGUAAUAUUCUGCGACGGAGAUUUCUAUGAGAAAGUUCAUUCAGCUACACAUGCUUUAAAGCCUUUGUACUACACACUGACCGAUCAUAUUGAAGGUGUUGCCAAAAUUGAGGACCUCUUACUGCCGUCCAAAACCGAAUUCCUCUAUCAACCCAAACAAUUGACCUUAGGCGGUGAGCAGACUGUGGCAAUACUUUGCUCAUCAGGCACCACGGGAAUUCCAAAAUGUGUUUGCAUAUCGAAUUACGCACUGCAAAUAGAAAAUAUAUUUAUCACCAGUGAAGAUGUUAUCUUCACCAAUAGCUGCAUUGAUUGGUUUACUGGCUUGAUUUUCACCAUUUUAGCAUUCACUAUCAGCUGUAAGCGGGUGAUCACCAACCGUCCAUAUACUCCCGAAUACUUCGUUGAGCUGGUGAAAAAAUAUAAAAUCAAUUACGUCGGUGCUGCGCCACGUUACAUCGCUACACUAGUUACCUGCCCUGAAGCCACCGCUGAGAAUUUGAGCUCGAUCCGCUCCUGUGUUAUUGGCGGUGGUAUUAUCAGUUUGACAACACUUCAGCUUCUACAAGGUAUACUCAAAAACGGAUUGAUUUCUUUUGGUUAUGGUUUGACGGAAAUCGGAACCGUUUCAUUUAAUUUUGGCCAUCAGUGUCCCACAUCCGUGGGUAAAUUGAUACCUAACAUGAAAGUGCGUAUUGUCGAUGAUAAUGGCAAAAAUUUGCCACACAAUGAAGUUGGUGAAGUUUAUGUUAAUACGGGACGAUUGUGGAACGGUUAUUACGGCAAUCCAAUUGAAACACAGCGCUUUCGAGACUCACUCGGCUGGUUCCAUACCGGCGAUCUCGGUUACUUUGAUGAUAACAAUUUUCUCUAUAUUGUGGAUCGUAAGAAGGAUAUAAUCAAAUAUCAGGGCAUGCAAUACUGGCCGGGUGAGAUUGAACAAGUUAUAAGUGAAUUGCCUGAAGUGGAGGACGUUUGCGUAGUGGGUGUGUACGAUGAGCGCAAUGGUGAUGCCGCCGGUGCUUUAGUGGUGCUUCGCAAAGGAGCCGAUUUGACGGAGGCACGAGUAAAGGACCAUGUAAGAAAUCGCCUAGAGGUGGUCUAUAAGCAGCUGCAUGCGGGUGUAAUUUUCGUUAACGAGUUGCCUCAUAACGCCAAUGGCAAGCUGCUGAAGAGGGAAGCAAAAGCAAUGUUUGAGUCUAAACAGUUGAUUGCAAAUUAACUGAAUAGCUUUAGUUAGCUUUUGUUGUAAUUAUUUUUUAUUAUAAUUUGUGACCGAAUGAAAGUGUUUCGUAAUAAGUUUUUCAGGCUAAAUAAUU